AUGACUAUGCCCUCCCCUCCUCCCAUCAAAGUUUUAGCAUACGCGGACGACGCUCUUGUGGUCCUCCGGAAUCCCACAGAAUUUGAACACCUCCAAGACAUCAUCAACCAAUAUAUGGCCGCAUCCAAUGCAUCUCUCAACUACAAUCAGGGUAUCACAUCAUGGCACGACCGCACUGCUACCGAACCCCUCACCUACUUAGGAUUCGCCAUAUGCUCAAGUGCCAAUCAACGCGCAACCUAUGCCCUCUCCAUCAUCUCCAAGAUUCGUGCCUAUUGCCAGCUUCACUCCACCCGCGCACUAACAUACCGAGGUAGGGUCACCGUCAUCAAUGCGCUCUUAUAUUCGAAACUUUGGCACGUUAUGCGCCUCUUUACAUUUUCAUCCCCUGAACUCAAACAGCUCCAGCGACUCGCCGCCACCUUCAUCAAUCGCGGAUCCAAAAUCUCUCGCCUCGCUUUUGAUCACCUCACCCAACCCAUCAACCAAGGGGGCUUGGAACUCCUCGAUCCAGCCACUCAAGCUAAUGCCUUACAAUGGCGGUGGCUCUACUUCCUGAUUCACCCCCCACAAGCCUCACCUUCACUUAUGCCGUCCAUUCCCAUCCUUAGAUACACUCUCAACUUUGUUCUUUCCACCGCCGAAUAUCCUUCCUAUCAUUGGUCAUUCCUAUUUCCCCAUUGUCGACUGGUCAUUCCUCGCCUUUUUGGUCCCAUAGUCAACUUACUACGAGCCGUAGAUUCGAUCCCCCCCCACAACUACCAUUUCAGCCAUGCCACCAUGUCCACAUGCCUUCACCUACCACUGAUGGAACUCCUCGUCCACAAUCUCCCACCAACCCACCCAAUAGCUCACCUCUUUCAAUCCCCUCACUACGUUCUCAAGAACCAACCAACAAUCCGUCAGCUCAAAGGAUCCGAUAUAUUUAUCUUCAACCCCAACCGACUCUGCCUAGAAUAUAAUCAUCUCUCCCCAGCUCUGCCACACGGCCCAUCAAUCAACAAAACUAUCUCUCUACUUUGCUCUAACCAACUACUUCUCAACAACUUUGUCCUUUACAACUUUCUCCCCAAUGUACCGCGACCUCACAACGCCUUGGAGGUUCACAACCUUCCAAAUUCCAACAUUCCUUCAUUUUCAGCUCUCCACUCCUUUGUCACCACUCUUCUUAUACCUCCAGAACCCAACAAUAUUCGUCCAACUACUAAAGCUACUUCUAUCAAAUACUUCAAAUGCCUCCUAACCUCUUCCUCUCCCCCUACCCCGAGUUCUAUCCUUUCUUCUACUCAAUGGCCUACAGCUACAAGACCUCACAUUAUUGCUGAACUCAACAUUAGCCAACAAAUGGUUCAAGUCAAAAGUCUCUAG